AUGCAUUUCAAGAACCUGUUAGUUGGCGUAUUCAUUUCCAUCGCAAGCCUGUCAUCCGCUUUCGUGAUUACAGACAACCUCGCCCAGUUCCCAAGUCUUCAUGCGGCCGACAUUACCAAGAGACAGCAAUCCCCGAUUCCAUAUGGAAUAAUCAUCACCCACUGCAACAGCCCUGGAGUCGUCGCGCUGACAUUCGACGAUGGCCCUUAUAUCUAUACCGGACAGAUGCUGGACACUCUAUCUCAACACGGUGCUCGCGUUACCUUCUUCCUCAAUGGUGUUAACAAAGGCAACAUCGAAGCAUUUCCUGAACUGGUCCAACGCGCCGUGAAUGAAGGCCACCAGCUCGGCUCUCACACAUGGAACCACCCCUCCCUCGACACCCUAAGCUACGCCGAAAUCGUCGCCCAAAUGAUCAAUCUCGAAGACGCCUUCCUACGCAUCCUAGGCUUCUACCCAACUUACAUGCGCGCUCCGUUCUUAAUGGUAACAGCCGACGUGUUGGCUGCUAUGUCUGCCCUCAAGUACCAUGUUAUCAGCGCGAGUAUCGAUACAAAGGACUACGAGAAUGAUCAUCCAGAUGAUAGUUGGCGAAGUUUCGAGAAGUUCAGAGCUGAGUUGGAUGCUGGGGGAACUAUUGUUUUGGCGCAUGAUACUCAUCAGACCACUGUGGAGAUUUUGGUGGAUAACAUGAUUGCUGAGAUUGAGUCGAGGGGGUAUGAGAUGGUUACUAUUGGAGAGUGUCUUGGGGAUCCGCCAGAAUACUGGUAUCGGUCGAGUCGGUAG